AUGGUGGUCUGUGGUGAAGCCCGACUCCAUGUUCCACCAUGCCAAAAUAGUACACUUCAACCAAAUUCAAGGAAAGCUAGAACAUCCAACUUGAAAUAUAUUAUUCCAGGGAUCAUAUCAGCAAUACUCCCGGUGGCCUCUGUAUCAAUGCUCAUACUGCGCAGGAAAAGGAAAGUGGAAGUUGCAACAGAGGCUGCCUUAUUACCUCGACUUCUUUGGAGAAGAGUUUCACACCUUGAACUUCUGAGGGCGACGAAUGGAUUUGAUGAAAGCAACUUACUUGGCACUGGUGGUUUUGGCUCAGUAUAUAAAGGUACAAUUUCAGAUGGGAUAGAUGUUGCUGUAAAAGUUUUCAAUUUACAGCUUGAAGGGGCUUCCAAGAGUUUUGAUAGUGAAUGUGAAGUGCUGAGCAAUAUUCGUCACCGAAAUCUUAUCAAAAUUAGCUUGGAAUGGAAGGAAUUGUUUCAACAAGAGGGGGAUGUGUAUAGUUUUGGUAUUGUAAUGAUGGAGACAUUCACAAAAAGGAAGCCAACAGAUGAGAUGUUUGUUGGAGAAAUGAAUUUAAAGAAAUGGAUUGCAAAUUCAUUGUUUCCAUAUGUUGCAAUAGUUGAAAUUGUGGAUGGCGAUUUGCUUGGGACAGAGGAAGAUCAUGAUACUGUGAGCAGGAAGGUUUGCUUAUCAUCCAUUAUGAGAUUAGGGCUAGCUUGUUCUGCAGAAUCGCCCGAAGAGAGGAUUAACAUGCAGGGUAUAGUUGUCACACUCAACAAAAUCAAGAUUAAGUUUUUAAAGGACUGUGGAGGAGUGCAUGAAUGA